CUUGGGACGCAACAACUCGGUGAGUUUGUCCUCUGCCGGCGAACUGCGUCUCCCAGCAGCCUCUGUGCCGCGCCGCCUGGGUACCGCUACUGGCACUUUAUCUCCCAGAAUCCCCAGCCAGACCGCAGGGUAACGUGUUCCCCAUCUGAGGAUUCUGGGACAUCGAACAGACUCACACGGCCUGCAGGAAUUCGGGGGCUGCACCAUGUUUGCUAGAGGCCUGAGGCUACUGGCCGCCCAAGCCUGUCAGGCACCAACCAUACAGCACCUGAGCCUCUCUGCACCCUGCGGUGCUAUCCAGAAACUGACGCGGGUUCGAGUGGUGGAUAACAGCACCCUGGGGAGCACCCCGUAUCACCGCCCCCCCAAGUGCAUUCACGUGUACAACAAGUCAGGGGUGGGGAAAGUGGGCGACAGGAUCCUGCUGGCUAUUAAAGGGCAGAAGAAGAAAGCCCUGAUUGUGGGGCACAAGAUGCCGGGGGCUUCCAUGACCCCCCGCUUUGACUCCAACAAUGUGGUGCUGAUAGAGGACAAUGGGAACCCCGUGGGCACCCGGAUAAAGACCCCCAUUCCUACGAGUCUGCGCAGGCAUGACGGCGAGUUCUCUAAGGUGCUGGCCAUUGCCCAGAACUUCGUAUGAGCCCCACGGACUGACCCCACUGGGCUUCUGUACCCCCCACAGUGUCGCUGGACCCUAAUAAUAAAUGUGCUUUGUUUUUCUAUAAUAUAUGGAAAGGGUUAAUAAAUGUAUUCACUA